AUGGUCAAACGACGCAAGAUUGAUGAUGAAAAUGCGAGUGACGAUGGCUCCACUCCCCGCAAAUCCCGACGAACCGACAAUCCUCUCAUGGGCAGCCCAACACCUCUGAAAUCCAGUUUAAAAGCGACGCCCAACAGGACGAAUGGCUUCUUGUCGGUGGAUGCAACGCCGAGCAGUCUACGCAAAGUCUUGUUCGCUACUCCAUCCCAACCACUCCAUGAAGAUGACAUCGCCGUCGACACGCCAUUGGCGGCCCGCAACGAUCGGUCGGCGCAUAGAAAGAGUCAACAGACGUUGCUCCAUCGGAAUGCCAAUGAUGAUGAUGACGAUGAGAGGGAUGAUGAACGGGAUGAAGCCAUUGCGAACGCCAUUUUAGGUCAAGAAGAUGGGGAGGAUGACGAUGACGAUGAGGACAUUGAUGAGGAUGGAAUGUUGGAUGUGGGAGAGAUUGAUCUGGCGGCCACUCCCACCAAGAAGAAGCCCGGUCGACCACGCAAGAAGAGGAAGAGGGAGAGAACACCGAGUCCACCGCUCAAUCUACCCCCUCAUGAGCUCUUCUUCUUCCAAAAUCGAACCGGAGGGAAUAAGACAUCGGCCAAUACUCUGCCUGCGGGCACAUUGCUGACCCAUGAGGACUACUUCUCCCACAUCCAAUCCCACCAAGACUCACAUGCCCAAGACAUCUCCCGUCUUGCAAAUCUUCACGCUUUGGCAUUUGAUCAGUGGGAGUUUGAGCUGUCCACCAACUUCAACCUUUGUCUCUACGGGUACGGGUCGAAACGAGAGUUGGCUCACUCGUUUGCAGAACACCUCCACUACGCCCAGCCUUCGCACAAGACCGUGAUUGUGAAUGCAUACGCCCCAGGCCUCACCCCAAAGGAUAUUCUGCACACCCUCGCUCAGAUCAUCUUUCCACCCAACAAGAAGAACAAUGCGGCCCUGUCCAACCCACCAUUGUCAUUACUUCUCGAUAAUCUAACAAUCCCUCUCAACCUCAUCAUCAACUCCCUCGACCAUCCCAAUCUGAGAAAACAUCAAUCAUUCAUCUCUCAACUUGCCUCUCAUCCUCAAAUCUCCCUACUGGCCACGGUAGACACCAUCACAUUCCCCUUGUUAUGGGAUCUUCAAACGAGCGCACAAUUCCGCUUCCUCUAUCAUGACGCCACCACUUUCGCACCUUGGACUGCGGAGAUGGAAGUAGUCGAAGACGUCAACGCUCUGCUGGGGAGAAGUGGAGCUCGAGUGGGAGGAAGGGAUGGAGUGGCUUUCGUGCYCAAAAGCUUGCCCGAGAAUGCGCGUGUACUAUAUCGUAUCUUGGUCGGCGAACAACUCGCUCUUCAAGAUACCUCACCUGCAAUCCUCGACGACGAUGAAGAUGAUAUCCUCUCGGAUGAUUCUGCUCCAGGCAAGCGGAGAAUCAAAAAGGGCAGGCCGGCGAAGAAGAAGAAGAUGGCCACGCCGAGUAGGAGAGCUGUGGAGAAGUUACCCGAGGGAGUGGAAUAUAGGACGCUCUACCACAAGGCCGUCGAGGAGUUUGUCUGUUCUAGCGAGGUCAAUUUUAGAACUCUGCUCAAGGAAUUCGUCGAUCAUCGUAUGGUGGAGAGUAGAGUUGAUGCGGUCGGGACGGAGAGAUUGGUCGUUCCGUUUGGGAGGGAGGAGUGUGAGGGUAUUUUGGAGGAGUUGGUAGGUUGA